CGUACAGGUAACUGCGUCCCUGCCGGGUGCGUGGCGCCCCCGGCCCGCGACCCCUCUCUGUUGCUUCACCGCGCGCACCGGUGAAUAGGGGCUCGGCGCGCGCCGCCGCCCCGCCCGCGCCGCUGCCGCAUCUCCGCCUCCAUUUCCGGCCACUUUUGCCAUCAGAACUCUCCUCAGGCAUCCCUGCUCUGGCUCCAACCUGCGCAAGAACAGCCUCCUCGACCUCAGCUUUCACUUAAUGUUCUCUGACACCCACAUCCCACUUCAGUGGCAGCUUCUUGACAGGACUGUGUUUUAUGUAGCCCUCGCUGGCCACUUGGCAUAUGAGUGGACGUAGUAAUAGGUUAUAUGCACCAUGGCUAUGACUAGUGUCAGAUUGCCCACCAGUAUUUUAAGAAAGCCAGAUGCCUGGAUUGGACUCUGGGGAGCGCUACGAGGGACACCUUCACACAAACUCUGUGCUUCCUGGAAUCGGUACUUCUAUUUUUCUAGUACCAAAUUAAAUGCACCAAGUUAUAAAACACUUUUCCAUAACAUUUUCUCACUGAGACUCCCAGGACUUUUAAUAGCUCCAGAAUAUAUUUUCCCGUUUUCUAUAAGACUCAAAAGUAAUAUAAGCUCUAAAAAAUCCACUAAAAAGACUCUGCAGAAAGUUGAAGCUGAAGAGGACUCUGAUGAAGAGAGCGAUCAUGAAGUGAGUGAGCAAGAAGAGGAGCUGGAGGAAGACCCCAGUGUGGUCAAAGACUAUAAAGACCUGGAGAAAGUAGUGCAGUCUUUUCGGUAUGAUAUUAUCCUGAAGACAGGCCUAGAUAUUGGCAGAAACAAAGUGGAAGAUGCAUUCUACAAAGGUGAACUCAGGCUGAACGGGGAAAAAUUAUGGAAGAAAAGCAGAACGGUGAAAGUGGGAGAUACGUUGGAUAUUCUAAUUGGAGAAGAUAAGGAAACAGAAACAGAGGUAGUGAUGCGGAUUCUCCUGAAAAAAGUGUUUGAAGAGAAGACUGAAAGUGAAAAAUACAGAGUGAUCUUACGACGGUGGAAAAAGUUAAAAUUGCCUAAAAAGAGUGUGAUGAAAUAAAUGGAUUGCUUUUUAACAAUAAA